GGUUUAACAGUAGCAUUUCAAGACCCAUCGGCGAGAUUACUUUACCUGUCCGAUUUGGUACAGCUGAACGCGUUACCAAACUUGUUAUGGAGACUUUUAAAGUCCUUGACAUCAACAACGAGUACAAUGCGAUCAUCAGAAGAACCGCUUUGUACAAACUCCGAGUUGCAGUUUCCAUCUUUCACUAUGCCCUUAAAUUUCCAACGACCCGAGGAGAAGGGACACAUUUCGGAGAUCAAAGAGAAGAUCGAGAAAUUGUCAGUUUCAUACCAUCCCCCGGAGUCUAUUCCACCACUCCGGUUAACGAAGAGAAUUCCCUACUACAGAACACCUCGGACGACGCAGUUUCCGAAAGGCCGAACCACAACGCCGAUGUUCCUCCUACCUCGGAUCCCUUAUCUGAAGACCGAGGUAGACGGACCGGAAAGGAGCCACUCCGUGAAGAAGACGAGUUGGAACCAAGAGCUCAAUUCAAAGAAAAAAGCCGAAGUGAUCGAGCUGAGCCCAGAGAAGAAGUAGAGUUGAUCUAUAUCGACGAACCAAUCUUUCAAAAAUCGUUGCGUAUUGGGUGCCGUUUACAAGAACCUCUCCGGUCCGAACUCGUCUCGUUCCUCAAGAAUAAUUCUGAUGUUUUUGCUUGGAAACAUGAAGACAUGAAGGGCAUCGACCCCGGUGUCGCUAGCCACAAGUUGAACCUUGAUCGAACUGUCCGACCAAUCGUUCAAAAAAGAAGAAAAUUUGGACGGGAUCGUCAGAAAGCGUUGGAAGAGGAAGUCAAGAAACUCAUCGACAACAAGUUCAUUAAAGAGGCCAAAUAUCCGACAUGGGUCUCAAAUCCCGUCCUCGUCAAGAAAAGCAAUGGCCUAUGGAGGUUGUGUAUCUACUUUUCCGAUUUAAACAAGGCGUGCCCGAAAGACAGUUACCCGCUCCCGCAUAUAGAUUAUAUGGUUGAUGCCACAUCGGGACAAGAGUUGAUGAGCUUCAUGGAUGCCUACUCCGGUUAUAACCAAAUUCCUAUGGAUCCCGAAGAUUCAGAACACACCUCGUUUUAUUCGGCACGGGGCCUAUACUGCUAUACCAUGAUGCCAUUGGGAUUAAAAAACGCUGGGGCCACUUAUCAGCGUCUUGUCAACAAGAUGUUUGCCAAUUUGAUAGGUCAUACCAUGGAAGUUUAUGUAGACGACAUGCUC